GUUGAUCCAUCAAAGCAAAAAGCCGGCAAAUCAAGCAAAAGCUCCAGAGAUAGUUUUGUGAUCGACAUUGUCAAGUUCAUUGACCCUGUGAACUGAGUUGGUGACUUAGCAAGGGUGAUAGGUGAAAACGAUGUUAUGAAAGCAACAGUACUGCCUGGGGGUGGUUUGCUGUCUCCACCUGGGUCCUCUGAAUCAUGGAGAAACUUCCUCAAGGGAGAGGUGGGGGUGAGCCUUGAAACCAGUCUCUGAGUCCUCAAUCCCUGUUCCUCUGCAAGGACUGGCACAUCAAGUGUGCUUUUGGUGAGUGAAUAAGCUUGGCACAUCCCUCAUGGUUGAACCGUGUACCAAAGCAUUUGCUCUGGCCUCUGCCCAGCCUAAGGCAGAGCCACCCUCAACUCCUGGGAGAAUCUGGAACCCUGGAACUGUGGCGUUGCCCGGCCCGAGGGCUGCUCCAUGUCACUCUGGCUGCAUCCUGGCUAGGGCCCCAGCCUGUUGUGGCCAGUCUGAUCUCAGUAGGGUUGGGUUAAGCUGGAGGGGCUGGCUGUGUGCAGGAGGCCGAGUGAGCUGCCUGCUAAUGGGGCUGGGCCACCCUGCGCUGCUCCCUGGAGGCUGGACAAGGCUGGAAUUGUUCCCUGGCACCCUUUUGUCUCCCACUCCCUGUCCAGGCCUGGCCCGCCUGCUCGCCACUCUCUCCUUCCCAUCGGCCUGGCGCAGGAGCCUGGGACUCCACCCUUGGAGCCCCAGGCCCGCUGACCCACUGGCUUAGGAGCUCCCGUCAAGCUCUGGGUCAACGUGGAGGUGUCGGGCCACCAUGCUCAGUCUGAAGCUGCCCCAACUCCUUCAAAUCCACCAGGUCCCCCCGGUGUUCUGGGAAGAUGGCAUCAUGUCUGGCUACCGCCGCCCCACCAGCUCGGCCUUGGACUGUGUCCUCAGCUCCUUCCAGAUGACCAACGAGACGGUCAACAUCUGGACUCACUUCCUGCCCACCUGGUACUUCCUGUGGCGCCUUCUGGAGCUCGCGGGCGGCCCGGGCUUCCGAGCGGAGCCAUACCACUGGCCGCUGCUCAUCUUCCUGCUGCCCGCCUGCCUCUACCCCUUCGCGUCGUGCUGCGCGCACACAUUCAGCUCCAUGUCGCCCCGCGCGCGUCACAUCUGCUACUUCCUGGACUACGGCGCGCUCAGUCUCUACAGCCUGGGCUGCGCCUUCCCCUAUGCCGCGUACUCCAUGCCGGCUUCCUGGCUGCACGGCCGACUGCACCAGCUAUUUGUGCCCGCCGCCGCACUCAAUUCCUUCCUGUGCACCGGCCUCUCCUGCUACUCCCGGUUCCCCGAGCUAGAAAGCCCUGGGCUCAGUAAGAUUCUCCGCACAGCCGCCUUCACCUAUCCCUUCCUGUUCGACAACCUCCCACUCUUCUAUCGGCUCGGACUGUGCUGGGGCAGGGGCCACAACUGCGGGCAGGAGGCGCUGAGCACCAGCCAUGGCUACCACCUCUUCUGCGCCCUGCUCACGGGCUUCCUCUUCGCCUCCCACCUGCCUGAGCGGCUGGCACCAGGACGCUUUGACUAUAUUGGCCACAGCCACCAGCUAUUCCACAUCUGUGCAGUGCUGGGCACCCACUUCCAGCUGGAGGCGGUGCUGGCUGAUAUGGGAUCUCGCCGAGCCUGGCUGGCCACGCAGGAACCCGCCCUGGGCCUGGUGGGCACGGUGGCCACACUGGGCAUGGCAGUAGCUGGGAACCUGCUUAUCAUUGCUGCCUUCACAGCCUCCCUAUUUCGGGGUCCCAGAACAUGCCCCCUGCUGCAAGGUGGCCCGCUGGAGCGGGGUACAAAGGCCAGACAGCAGUGAUCCUGCCCAUUUCUGAGCCUGCCCUGGAGGGAGGCAGAGACCACCCUGGUGCUGUAGAGGAGCCCAGACCCAGGCCUGAUAAGGUGCGGGCACAUCUGAGCCUGGAACCAAGAGUGGCUGAGGAGAGAGUGCAGAGGAAAGAAGGCAGAGGAGAGGAGAGAGGGGCUGGGGGGACGGAGGCAGCAGAGAGCAGGAGGGUCAGUGAGGGUGCUCUUGAUGGGGCUGGGGGAAGUGCUGAGGGGCUGAGAGGGGAGGCGGGUGUGUCCAGGCUGGAGCUGCCCCACCACUGUUGGAGGCUGGGAUGGGGAGGUGUUGGGGCCCUUUCAUCUGGUCCUGUUUCUGGUGCUCCUGGAAGCCUCUGCUCAGCCCAGGGAAGAACUAACCUGACUAACCUAGGCCUACCCUGAAUGCUCGUUAACCAGCUGGGGAGGCCCACUGUUGACCCCCACCCCCCCAAACCAGGCAGUACCAUCUGCUGGCAGCUCUUUGCCUAUAGAGAUGAGUCUGUCUGUCCUGGUCACAGCUAUGUAUACUCAAGGUGUCCAGGCCUUUGGGGUCUGGGUCUAUUUGGAUGUGUCAUGGAUGGUGCAGUGGGUUGAGGUGGGGGAAGGGGUGCUGGGCUAGAAGGGGCAACCCUAGUUAGACUUCAGGAAGCCAGCUUCAAUGCUUCUGGAACAAGGCAGGUACAAAUAAAUCAAUCAAUCAACAAAAGACUUUGGGAAGCACUUUCUGGGAAUGAAAAAGGUAAAACCUCCUCUCCAACCCCCAUCCUCCCCCCACACUCCA